AAAUACAAGAAACAUUAUUUGGAGUAGAGAAAACAUUAAUUGAAAGAGAAAAUGAGAUAGAACAGUUACAGGAAAAGAUAUCAUUAAUGAAUAUACAACAACUGAAAGAGACUUCAAUUACUCUUAGAAAGGAUCAAUCUACACAAUCAUUAGAUCCACCAAAAGGGUCAGUUUAUGUAGCUAUUAAAAACUGGGAGGCAACAAAUAGUACUCAGCUUUCAAUCAAGAAGGGAGAGAAAUUUGAGAUCAAGAAAGAGCGUACAGAAGGAUGGUGGCUAGCAAGAUCAUUAGAUACUGAUCAAGAGGGAUUCGUUCUAAUUAAUUAUAUUAAAAAAGAUGAAGAGAGUGAACUGUCAACAUUAGAAUCACUUGAACUAUUUCAUUAUGCAAUGACAGAAAAUGUUGACAUACCUAAAAUCAAGGAAAUUAAGACGAGGAGCUACGUUGAGAGAGCAAGUCUCUUUUUAUCAUUAAUUAAACAAGAUUCAGUUCUGCUAGAUCAACUUAGAAAAAAAGAACAUGGUAAGAUAUAUUUAUAUGUGCUAAUAAUUUAUAGAGUAUUUUGAGGGUAUUAAAUAUUGUCCAU